UAGCUGCAUAAGUGAUAUUAAAAAGGGGGAUGCGACUUUGCUGCACGUCAGCAUCUCCGAACUUGAAUUUUUUUGGACGCAAAUACUCAAAAAAAAUUCAGACUUUUUUCCUCCCAUCCUUCAAAACUCGACAACCGAAAAAAUGGAUUAAAAUUUUUUCGUUCCAUAUUUAUCUUUAUCCCUUUGGCAUUGCAAUACUUUUCAUUUACUCACGAUUUCAUAACACCCAAAUUCACACACUCGACUCGCAAAUGGGCACGGAUUUUGAGAGGCUCAUGCAGCUGGCCGAUCGCAACAAAGCUGACAUUGAGCGCGCAGCACAGGAACGCAAGCGCCUAGCGGGCGCAAUAUCCAACAAAGACAGAAGCAGCGAGCGCGAGGCAGACGAAAGGCGAAGGAAAAGGCUGGUGGAGGAGCGCAUUCAGCAACGCGAGCAUGAUGAGAACCAAAGGCAGAAGCGCGCAAAAAUGGCGCUGGAGAGGCGCAAGCAGGAGAGGGCCGAGGCAGAGAGGGCUGAUGAGGCGCAGCGCAAGCAGACACAGCGACAGAAGCAACAGCCCAUGCAGCAGCAACAACAGCAAAAGGCGGGAUAUGCGGGUGGUAGCGGCACCGGUGCGAAGAGCAGCGUGGCCAGAAGGCCUGAGGCCAAUUCGGCUGUGGCGGGAGCGAAGAAACCGGCGGAGGCUCAGCCGGUGAGCUUCCAGGAGCUUAUGCAGAUUGCUGCGCAGAACGCGGCUGCGCCAGCGAAAAGUGCAGACAAGGCGCCGCGGACUGGCGCGCAACCCGGAUUGGGUUCCUCGAGGGCGGCGCCUUUGCCCACCAGGAGCCCAGCUGGCCGUGCUGUUUUGCAGAGUGCCAGGGUUCGGCGAGCCGGCGACCGCAGCCGGUCGCCCAGGAAAGCUGCUUGGGCUCAGUCGCCGACAGACAACAGGAGAGCCCGGUCGCGGUCGCCUGUGGAUAAAAGGCAGGCUGCGCCUGCGCCAGUCCGGAGCAGGGCCCCCGGCCUUGCGCACUGCCCUGCUCCAGUCGGCACACAGCAUGUGCGACAGCCCCCAAGGCCCACCACAACCUCGCUGACACACAGGAUGGUCGCGGGCAAGCGGCGGCCCGCAGUGCGGCAUGACCGUGCUGCUGCUGCCCCUGCGUUUGCCGAUCCAGCCGCGCCAAGGGCGCCUGGGCGGCUGCCGCCGCAGGAACAACAGCAAACCGUGCGCAAGCCGCCCGAGCGCGAGAUUGACCGCUUUGGCGUGCGUUCUGGUGCGAAUUUGGCCGCUAGAAGGCCUACGCUACCUGGCCGUGGUGCUUCGCGGGAUAGCGUCGGUGGAGCUGCUGAGCGCAGGGCCCAGCCGAGUGCUCUGGCCCCUGCGAGGGCGCGCAGUACCCGGGAUGAGCGCGACGCCCGGUCGGUCCGCAGUCCGGUCCCACGUUUGGAUGGUCGCGGUGGCCGGCCGUUAGUGCCACCAGCACUGCGUGCUGGCGAAAACAGCAGACCCCGCGGCGGUGAUCAGCGUGCACUGCCCAGGAACAACAGCGCCAUUGGAAGACCAAACCGUGCUGGUGGUGGUGGUGCGAUGCAGAAGCGCAGGCGCGAGGAAUACUACGAUGACCAUGAUGAUGAGAGCGGCUAUGACUCGUUGGACGACUUUGUGGUUGAUGAUGAGGAAGAGGGUGGUGCCAGGUAUCGAGAGGGGUCGAUUCGCAGGAUGCUGGGUGUGCAAUACAGGGAUGUCGAUGACGACGAUGACGAUGGUGAUGAUAUGGAGGUCUCGGCGUCGCAGCUGAUGCGGGAAGAGCGUAUUAGUGCGAAGAUUGGUCGACAGGAGGAUGAGGAGGAGGAGAGGCGGCAAGAGGAGGCUGAGCGUGCUCGCAAGCACCGUGUUCGUGAACGCGAAAGACGGUGAUUUUUUUGUUUUAUAUCUUUAUUAUUUAUUUUUUAUUUAACUAAUUCACAUGGAUUUGACUGGGCUCUGCCCACAAGUUUAA